GUGGGGGGCUGGUAGAGAGCAGGGGCGGUGAGGUGGGGGGCUGGUAGAGAGCAGGGGCGGUGAGGUGGGGGGCUGGUAGAGAGCAGGGGCGGUGAGGUGGGGGGGUGGUAGAGAGCAGGGGCGGUGAGGUGGGGGGGUGGUAGAGAGCAGGGGCGGUGAGGUGGGGGGGUGGUAGAGAGCAGGGGCGGUGAGGUGGGGGGGUGGUAGAGAGCAGGGGCGGUGAGGUGGGGGGAGGUGGUAGAGAGCAGGGGCGGUGAGGUGGGGGGGGUGGUAGAGAGCAGGAGUGUCUCGGUCGGCCGUCCGGGCGGCUUUGUUCACAGAAGCCACCGAAGGGGGGACCCGGCCCCGGAACCGGCCGACCCUCGCGCACUCACACUCGACCCUCGCGCCCAAUUAACGGUCGCCCCGCGCGCUCCAGCCCGGCCCACCCGUCGCCGCCGCCGUCCAACCGCCCGUCCGUCGCGGGCCUCCACGGCCGGGCGGCGCGCGGCUGAUGAUGUCACACACAUCGCAGCACCCUUCCCCAAAGGCUGUACGCGCUGCCAUUUCACCGCGUUGUGCCGGGGUUCGGGACCCGGCGUCGACUGCGGACUCCCCGACAGCACGCACGUUCGUAAAUGUUUUCUCCGGCAAUGUAGUGGCCGCCUUACCCGGGUGGCGGAAGUGGACGGUUGGGGGGGGGAAGCGGAAAUAUGUUUAAAAAGGUCUGCAUGUUUGUUUCCGUGAGGCUGAGCAAACUUGUCGUCAUGAUGGCGAUGCUUCUCACUCUGGUAUUUCUGUGGAUGCUGUUGCCCACUCGGCCUGCUAACCCGGCAUCUGCUGGAUAUUACAUGGGAUCAACUAGGCUUUCUGAGAAAAGUCUGUACAAACUGGAUAUUGAAUGGCCUAAGUUUCCAAGAUUUUUCACAGGUCAAGUGUUUGGUGUUGCAGUAGACCCAGUGGCUGAUAUUGUUUAUGUAGCACAGAGAGGAGAAUCUGUACCAAAAAUUUUAAUGUUUACAGAACAAGGAUAUUUCCUUCACGGAUGGAACACCACAACAAUUGAACUGCCACAUGGGAUAUUUGCAACUAGCACCACUCCUGAAACAACUUUGUGGGUGACAGAUGUUGGAAAUGGAAAGAACGGGCACACCAUCAAACAGUACUCCUCAUCUGGAGAGCUUCUUCGAACUCUGGGAACUCCUGGGAUUCCAGGCUCAUCCUUGCAUCCAUUGCAGUUUGAUCAACCCGCAGAAGUGUUUAUUUCCAGUAAGGGGGAAAUGUAUAUUGUGGAUGGUGAUGGAGGCUUAAAUAACAGACUAAUCAAACUGGAAAAAGGCUUUGAUAUAGCUUGGAUGAAAGGAGAAAAGGGAGAUAAACCUUCCCAGUUUUACAUUCCACACAGUGUAACUGGAGAUAAUGUAGGGAGGGUUUGGGUAGCUGACAGAGGCAACAAGCGUUUACAAGCAUUUGAUGCAGCGACAGGAGAGUGGAUAGGAGCCUGGUCCAGUUGCUUCACAGAUGAUGCUCCGUCCUCUGUUAGGCUGACACAUGACAACAAGUACUUCGUUGUGGCCCAAUUGAAAAUCAACAGAGUGGUGUUUUUAUCUGUUCCACCAAUAGGUAACAUUGGGGUUUGUUACAUAGUCGAUACAAUCCAAUUGGCUGAUGAUGUGAAGCCCCAUCUUGUGGACGUUAGUCGCAAAACUGGUGCUAUUUAUGUUGCAGAAAUUGGUGCACAGCAAGCGCAGAAAUUUGUACCUAAUAACAGAAAAUAAUCCUUGAACCUUCCAUUGCUGUUAUACUGCCACUUUCAUAUUGGUGGUUUCAAAUGUACACCAAAAUUAAAGUGGCACUGUAACACAAGUGAGAUGGUAUGACGGGAGCCCUGAGCAGACUAUUGCAAAGCCGUCUUAAGAUACUUCGAAUAAACUUUCUUAUACAUCUUUGCAUUUGCACUAGAUGUGGUUUUAAAACCAGAUUUUUGAAGUGAUCCCAAUUUUAAUUCUUAGCUUGAACUGAGUUUAUUAAUCUUGUGGUUACAUUAGGGGCAAUACAAAUAUAUUCCCCCAUUACCUCUGCCUCAAGCUAAGGUUCAGAAAAAAAUAAUUUGAGGUUCCUACUAGUGAUCUUUGGAGGUGAAUGAGUAGAUCUUGAGCAAGGAAAUUAAUGACUUUGUGAGAGCCUGUUGUAACAAUCAGCUAACACUCACCAACAAGGCUUACAUAUAACUAAUGACUUCUGAUGUGAAAGAGUUGUGGAGCUACGUGCCAAAAAGUUGAUGAACUGAGGAGACAAAGGAAAAGGAACAAUUAAGGGGGAAAGUAACGCAAAGCAAAAAUGUUGACUUGAGAAUGCUCCACUUCUACAACAAUCGCCCACCACGUUGAAGUUUUAUUUUGAAGUUAAUUUAUUGUAUUAAUUGUAAUGAACAUGCCAUAAAAUUAAAAAAAUGUUAGGCUAUUCGGACUUCUGAACAUUAUUAUAAAUGGGUAAAAAGUCUUGAUAAUCCAUGUCAGUGAAGAGAUUUUUUUCCUUUUAUUUUUGCUUCUUCCCUAGCGUCCCUUAUCCUCAUUUUGCAUUUGCACCAAUGUUAGAUUUUCUUUCCUAUAAUCAAUAAGCUUUUACCUAUACCUAUAGGCAAGUCCUAUUGACAUCACAGGUAAAAGUCAAAAUGCAUUAUUAAAAUCUGUUUAAUAUACUAGUGAUGGCAUUGAAUUUCAUUUACAUUAAAUAUUACCCCUGGAUUCCACAUUAAUAUCCAGUUACAAAAACAAAAAAUUGUUGGAAAAACCAAGCAAGCCGGACAACAUUCCCAGUUCAAGGACCUUUCAUCAGAACUCUCUCUUUCCACGGAUGUUCUCUGGCCUGCUGGGUUUAUCCAGCAUUUUUUUUUGUUAUAAAUUUUCAGUUCUUUUAAUUUUCAUGAAUAUUCAGUUCUUUGAACAGAAAUGACAUUUUUUGCAUUUCAAUGUAAUAAGUCAGGGCUGACCGUCUUUGACUAUACUUAAAGUAGUACAGGAACAACAUGUAAUGCAAACAAUUGAUUCACAGAAAUUGAGUUUUGCUAUUAUUGAAAUGGCUGAACAAUAAAGAUGUUUCCUCUGUAUCUUUCAAGACAAAUACAGUUGCUGACAUUCACUGUGAUGAAAUGCUAAAGCUAAUUUAUUUGAAUUUUCCUCUUUUAAGAUAACUUCCUAGAUAAAUGUAAAAAUUCAAAAGCUUCCUGGCCUUAAAGUUGUCUGUCAGUAAAACAGUAAAGUAUCAGUGCCCCUGAUUCCAUUUCAGGUCCCAAACAGCCUCAGUGCCUGAUACAACUGUCCCUCCUGAACUUCUAUUUCAUAUACUUGUGACGGUAUUAAAACCUUGGCAAACCUUUACCCCAUCUUGAUUUUCUGAGACGAUGAAGGUGCCUUAUUGAGGAGAGAUCUUUGUUACUCAGAAGAAAUAUUUUUCUAGUUUUCAGCACACUGUUUAGUUCAAGUAGAAUGGACGUGGGGUUAAUCAUACAAUAGGACUAUAAUGGGUGGGGAUAGCAGUGACUAAAAUGUAUGCUUUAUUCACCUUGGACCAUUUAAGGUGUUUUGGGCAUUUGUAGUACAGUUUUCUCUUUUCAAACUAUGAGCUUACAAUUUUAACUUUAUUCUGUUCCUUGGUUAACUGUUUUGAUGCAGGUUCUAAAUGAAGCACCAGGAAUUAGUUAGAGUAGGUUAUCAGUGUGGAUCUUCAUGGCAUGCUGCAUGUUACUUAUCCACUAUCAUAUAGCCAGCUGGUUAUAGCAGAAAUAAUUCUAAACAACAGGAAUCCAAUAUGAUUGACUGUAAUUGGUAGUGAUUAGUCUUUACCAGAUUUUGAAAUGUACUCAUCUCCUGAGAAUGGGUAAGGAAGUGUUUAAUCUUUUUAAAAAGAACAAAAAAUGUUAAAAUUGGUUGUAUUAAGAAUUAAUAAAAUAGAGUAGGAAACAUAAUUGAUGCUUUCUUGAUUAGUUAAGUAAAAGCUUUAAAUGCAUAUUUUGUAUGAUUAAUAUUGCCAUGGUAAAGUUACUACUGAUGUGUACUAAGCUUAUUACGAUCAGCUCUGGGAACAUAAUAUUCUUUGGAACUACCAAUGAAUUCCAGAAUUUAGAAUAUGGUAAGAGGUGGAAACAAAGGACCAAAAAUAAGGACAUAGCCAUUUAAAUGCUAUUAUACUUUUUUGCAUAGAAAUUAUGAUUUUUUUUUGUUUCCCUCUAUUCAUUUGGCUGGUAGCAAUGUUAAGGCAGGUACCAAAAAGGCAUUGGUUCCAGCGAUGUGUUGACGUGGUAUCAGAGUUCAGGAGGUUAGUUGUUAUAUGCCAUCUGGAGUGGUGAAAGGCACAACAUGUGAACUUUAGGAGUAAAAAUCGGAUGCAAACCUUGGUGGAUAAUUUGAGGUAAAAGCAUAACAGGACAAGUCUGGCGUGCACAAUUAGCAAAAUAAUGUAACUUUUAACGCUAUGCUACGUGAUGUGUGCAUAGUAGGAGGCUGCUGUUUAAUGGGCCUUUUCAGUUUAACUGGGCAAGAUCACAGAAACAUCAAGUUGCAGAGUUACUGAAUGAGGAGCUUUUAAAAACAUCUAAUGAGCAGAAUUGCUGAAGAGUUCUGGUGUAGCUGUAACUAUGUGAAUUUAUAAUGUGAAAAUAAUAGGUGCAAAAUUGCCCCAGAACACAGAUGUUUCUCAAAAAUAGGUUUGUGCUUUAAGUUUGUUAUCUUUCAAUGUGACAAGAAAGGGGAAAGGAAAAAUACAAGUGACCCCCUCUAGAAGUAAGCACUUGUAAUUCAAAGUACUCAAAUCCUCAUACCAAUGCUGGAAUUUUAAAAAAAUAAAAUUACAUGUUACAUUUGUGUUUUUUUUGUAUUAAUUGUGAUCUUUCUUGUAUAAUUUUGUAUAAUUUGUUUUUCUUGUGAAUGUUGUUAUCUUGUGAAUCUAAUGCUAAGUGCCUAUGAAGCUGCUGUAAGGUUUUCAUUGCACCUGUGCAUACAUGUACUUGUGCAUAUGACAAUAAACUCGACUUUGACUUUG